UCUGAGGCGCGAGGGAGGGCCGGAAGGGGCGGAGGAAGGAGGAGGAGGCGACGGCGGCAACGGCAUCCCGGUCGCGAGGAGCGAGGCGGCGGCGGAGGAGGAUGAGGCGCGCGGAUGAGGGGAAAUGGCCGCCGAAAACAAGCCGGAAGAUGAUCAUGGGAACAGCAAUGGAAGUCAUGUAAAGAUCUUUUUGCCGAAGAAGCUGCUUGAAUGUCUACCAAAAUGUUCCAGUUUACCAAAAGAGAGGCACCGUUGGAACACAAAUGAGGAAAUUGCUGCCUACCUAAUAACCUUCGAGAAGCACGAUGAGUGGCUCACAACCUCCCCAAAAACCAGGCCCCAGAAUGGCUCUAUGAUCCUCUACAACAGGAAGAAGGUGAAGUACCGGAAGGAUGGCUAUUGCUGGAAGAAGCGGAAAGACGGGAAGACCACCCGAGAGGACCACAUGAAGCUCAAGGUGCAGGGAGUGGAGUGCCUCUACGGCUGCUACGUCCACUCCUCCAUCAUCCCCACUUUCCACCGAAGGUGCUAUUGGCUGCUCCAGAACCCGGACAUUGUGCUUGUCCACUACUUGAAUGUACCGGCCAUUGAGGACUGUGGGAAGCCAUGCGGGCCCAUCCUGUGCUCCAUCAACACGGACAAGAAGGAGUGGGCCAAAUGGACGAAGGAGGAGCUGAUUGGCCAGCUGAAGCCCAUGUUCCACGGCAUCAAGUGGACCUGCAGCAACGGGAACAGCAGCUCGGGCUUCUCGGUGGAGCAGCUGGUGCAGCAGAUCCUGGAGAGCCACCAGACCAAACCUCAGCCUCGGACGCACAACUGCCUCUGCACCGGAAACUUGGGUGCAGGGAGCAGCGUGCACCACAAGUGCAACAGUGCCAAACACCGGAUCAUCUCUCCGAAGGUGGAGCCGCGGUCGGGGGGUUAUGGGGCCCACUCCGAGGUGCAGAACAACGACGUCUCCGAGGGCAAGAACGAGCACAGCCACGGCAGCAAGGCCUCCUCCUCCGGGGGGCGGGAGAAGCGCAACGGCAAGGUGGCCAAGCCGGUGCUGCUCCACCAGAACAGCACUGAGGUCUCCUCCACCAACCAGGUCGAAGUCCCGGACACCACCCAGAACUCCCCGGUCUCCAUCAGCAGCGGCCUCAACAGCGACCCGGACGCGGCCGACAGCCCCGCCGUCGUCUCGGGCGUCUCCAGCAUGGCCGCCGUGGCCUCGGUCAUGGGCAGUCUCUCCCAGAGCGCCGCCGCCGUCUUCAUGUCGGACAUCACCAGCGAGGCCGUCUACGCCAUGUCUCCCUCCGCCGGCCCCAACCCGCACCUGCUUCCCUCGGACGCCACAGCAGCGGCGCAAGGGCUGGUCCUGGCGGUCAGCUCCGACGGCCACAAGUUUGCCUUCCCGACGACGACGGCCGGUGGCUCCGAGGGCCUGUCCAUCCUGCCAGCCGGCGUCUCGGAGGAGCUGGUGCUCUCCACCACCCUGGACAGCGGGAGGAAGAUCCCGGAGACUACCAUGAACUUUGAUCCUGACUGCUUCCUCAACAACCCCAAGCAGGGCCAGACCUAUGGCGGAGGGGGUCCCAAGGGUGAUGGCGGUCUGGGUCCCAACCUGCGGCAUUCUCCCACCUCUGAGCGCAGUUUUGGCUUCAGCGCCGGCCUGGUCAAGGAGAUCAAGACCGAGGACACCUCCUUCGAGCAGCAGAUCUCCAAGGAGGCUGCCGUGGCUGCUGCUUACACCUCUUCAUCGUCCUCCUCCUCCUCCUCCUCCUCGUCCUCCUCCUCCUCGUUGUCCUCCUCCUCCUCCUCCUCCGCUUCCUCCUCCUCGGCCUCUUCCAACUCUCUGACCCUGGCCCCCGGCCCCAGCUUGCUCCCCUCCGGCGGCGGACUCAGCCCCAGCACCACCUUGGAGCAGAUGGACUUCAGCGCUAUCGACUCCAACAAAGACUACUCGUCCUCCUCCUCGGGCUUCGGCCCCUCUGUCCAGAGCCCCCACGUCCACCAGAGCCCCUCGCCCAGCUUCUUCCUGCAGGAGGCCCCCAGCAAACCCCUCCCGAUGGAGUCUGGCCCCCACGGCAGUGGCCUGGCUGAGGGGAACGGCUCCUUUGUGGGACCCAUGGGCCUCCCCAGCAUCAAGACGGAGGCCUCCCCGCCAGGCGCCUCCCACUGCAACGGCGCCAUGGAGCCCAGCUCCUCGCUCCAGCUGAUGCAGUUCCAGGCCGGCUUCCAGGGCAUGGCGGCCGAUGGGGAGGUGCCCAUGGAGACCUCGUCCCACGGGGAAGGCGCCGAGGGGCUGCUCAAGGCCGGGGAGCUGCAGGCCUGUGGGGCGGAGCACUACCUGCCGCCCGAGGCCAACGGGACCCUGCGGAACGGGAACCUCCCGGUGCUCCAGGGCAACAUGGUGCCCGGCCUGUACCCCGUGGCCCACCCGGCCCUGGGCGGCUCCUCCAACAUGGAGCUCAGCCUGGACCACUUCGACAUCUCCUUCAGCAACCAGUUCUCCGACCUGAUCAACGACUUCAUCUCGGUGGAGGGCGGGGGCGGCGCGCUCUACGGACACCAGCUGGUCUCUGGGGAGGGGGCCGCCAUGGCCCAGUCCGCUGAGGAGGGCAACCGGGGCAGUGCCGGCGCCUCCUACGGACAGGCCCCCGAGAUGUGCAUCCCCUGCUGCAGCCCCCAGCAAGCCGGCCUCCACCUCGGCGUCACUGAAAACGGGGCUAGUGCCAUGGCUUACAUGCAUGUCACCGAGGUGGUGUCGGCGGCGGCAGCAGCGGCGGCAGCAGCCCAAGGCACCCUGGGAAUGCUCCAGCAGAGUGGGCGCCUCUUCAUGGUGACGGACUACUCACCCGAAUGGUCCUACCCAGAGGGGGGCGUGAAGGUGCUGAUCACCGGCCCGUGGCAGGAGGCCAGCAACAACUACAGCUGCCUCUUCGACCAGGUCUCGGUCCCGGCCUCCCUGAUCCAGCCAGGGGUCCUGCGCUGCUACUGCCCAGCGCACGACACAGGGCUGGUGACCCUGCAAGUGGCCUUCAACAACCAGGUCAUCUCCAACUCGGUGGUCUUUGAGUACAAGGCCCGGGCGCUGCCCACCCUGCCCUCCUCGCAGCAUGACUGGCUCUCCCUUGACGAGAACCAGUUCCGAAUGUCCAUCCUGGAGCGCCUGGAGCAGAUGGAGAGGCGGAUGGCCGAGAUGACUACCGGCUCCCAGCAGCACAAGGCACCGGCCAGCAGCGGAGGAGGAGGAGGAGGAAGUGGUGGCGGCAGUGGUGGUGGUAAUGGGGGCAGCCAAGCACAGUGCGCCUCGGGGAUGGGCUCUGCCGCGGGACACUGCUUCGAGAGCCGGGUGGUGGUCGUCUGCGAGAAGAUGAUGAGCCGGGCCUGCUGGGCCAGGUCCAAGCACCUCAUCCACUCCAAGACCUUCCGGGGCAUGACCCUGCUCCACCUGGCCGCCGCACAGGGCUACGCCACCCUCAUCCAGACCCUCCUCAAGUGGCGCACCAAACACGCCGACAGCAUUGACCUGGAACUGGAGGUGGACCCUCUGAACGUGGACCACUUCUCCUGCACGCCACUGAUGUGGGCCUGCGCCUUGGGCCACAUGGAGGCGGCAGUGGUGCUCUACAAGUGGGACCGCCGGGCCCUCUCCAUCCCGGACUCCCUCGGCCGGUUACCGCUGGCCAUUGCCCGCUCCCGGGGCCACGUCAAGCUGGCCGAGGGCCUGGAGCAGAUGCAGCGCCAGGAGGAGGAGGAGCAGGCCCCACUGCGCCAGGCCCCACGCGUCCUCUGCCCGCCCCACCAGGAGGAGCCCCCUCCCGCCGCUACCACCACUGGGGAGACCUGGAUGGCCCAGUGGCACAGUGAAAUGGUGGCCUCCCAAGAGCCCCAGAAGGGCGUCACGGUCAUCUCCGCUCCCAACACAGAGCUGCGGCGGCCCCGAUCUGAGCCCUCCAGUUACUACAGCAGCGAGAGCCACAAGGACUACCCGGCACCCAAGAAACACAAGCUAAAUCCCGAGUACUUCUCCUCGGCCCGGCAGGAGAGGCUUCUGUCUACGGCCCUCAGCCUGGAGCAGCCCUGCGCCCGCAAGCCCCCCGUCAGCUCCGCCAGGCCCGCCUCCCUUCCCGAGAGUCCCGGGCCCCGGAUCACAGGCAGGGAGUACCACCCGCAGGAGGCGGGCGCUGAGGCCGGGGGCCACUACCGAAGCGGUGCUUCUGGGAUCAAAUGGGGUCCGAAGGUGGGCUACGGAGCCAUGGCCAGGGACACGGCAGCGGCCCAGCGGCUGCAUCCGCAACGGGAUCCGAUGCCAGAGCAGGAGACGGUGGAAGCGGAGCUGCUGGCCUUCCAGGACGCCGCGGACAGCGAAGACGGCUUGCACCACGUGGACGACCUCCAGGUGACCAUGAUGACGCUGGCGGAGCACAUCAUCGAGGCCACGCCGGAGCGCAUCAAGCGUGGGGAGAGCCUGGCGCCGGCGGAGGGGCCCCUGGCUGAGCGGAGUGGGGGCACGGCCCUCGGCGCCUCCAUGAGCUGGCUGGCCAGUUACCUGGCGGACAUCGACCACUUGCCCAGCGCUGCCCAGAUCAGAAGCCUCUACGGGGCAGCCCCCAGUCCCCCCUCCCACACCAGCCAGAGCCCCGCCGGCUCCCCGGUCAGCGCCCUGGCCUUUGAGAAGCCCAGCCUCCCAUCAGCCACCGACUGGUCCGAGUUCCUCAGCGCCUCCACCAGCGAGAAGGUCGAGAGCGACUUCGCCCAGCUGACCCUCUCCGACCACGAACAGCGGGAGCUCUACGAGGCCGCCAAGCUGGUCCAGACCGUCUUCAGGAAGUACAAGGGACGUCCCCUUCGGGAGCAGCAGGAAGUGGCUGCCGCUGUCAUUCAGCGCUGUUACCGGAAAUACAAACAGCUUACUUGGAUAGCCUUGAAGUAUGCACUUUAUAAGAAGAUGAUCCAGGCCGCCAUCCUCAUCCAGAGCAAGUUCCGGAGCUAUGCGGAGCAGAAGCGGUUCCAGCAGAGCCGCCGGGCGGCCGUCCGUAUCCAGCAGUUCUACCGCAGCUACAAAGAGUGCGGGAGGCGGAGGCAGAGCCGCCGGGCGGCUGCCCUGGUCCAGCAGAAGCUCAGAAGCAGCCUGCUCACCAAGAAGCAGGACCAAGCUGCGCGCAAAAUCAUGCGCUUCUUACGGCGAUGCCGCCACAGCCCGCUGGUGGACCACAGGCGGUACAAAAGGAGCGAAAGAAUUGAAAAGGGCCAAGGAACCUGAAGGGAGAGGCGGCGCCGGCGGCGUAGGCGGAGGAAGCAUCCCCUAGCAAUGUGACGUUGCUUUUCAGACUGUUUUUCAUUUUCUGUUUUUAGCAGAAACAUGCAACAACAAUUCAAACGAAUUUAAUUAUUUGAAGAAGAUUGAAAAAACAAACAAAAACAAACACAAAACUUUGACUGCGCUGCUGAGCGGAUCAGCGGCCGGGAUUUUAAAACGGUAAUGUUUAGUCAUUACAUUUGCACUUUCAUGGACGAUUUUUAAUUUGUUCAGCAAGACAUCUUGGGACUCGAAAUCUUUUUGGUUUGGAUCAUGGGGGAGGGAGGGAGGGGGAGGGAGGCGGGGGGGUCAGGGGGGGGCUUUCCAGUGACACCCGGAAGGAAAGGACUUCUCGCAAGUUGCUUCGUUCCUCUCGGAAAAAAACAAAACAAAACAAAAGGAAAGAGAAGCAAUUACUAAAUGAUCCUUUUCAUAUAGGGCUGUAUUGAAACAAAAACAAAAAAAAAACCAUGCGUGGAACUGUACAAACACGAUACCAAAAAAAAAAAAGAGGCAAAAACCCCACAACAAUCCAAGAAUUGCUAUUCCUGCACCUGUCAAUCAUCUAUCUCCAAGACCCGGAAAAUGCUGGGAUUCUCCAGGGAAUAAAUAAGGAAGGAAAGGGGAGCGAAGGGAGAAGAAGAAAAGGAAGGAAAGGAAGGGUCCGGUCCCUUUCCUCCCUCCUUCCUUCCUUCCAUCCUUGCUUCCAUCUUUCUUUCCUUUGGGUCCACUCCUCCUCCUCCUCCUCCUCCUCCAUCAUUUCCUUUGCACUUCCUCCAUCUUUCCGUUCGUUCGUUCGCUCGUUCGUUUGUUCGAAACUCUCUCUGCGACGCCGCUGUUCGCGUCCGUCCCUUUUGUCCAGAAAGGUCUGGUGUUUUCCGAGGCAAACGGGUAUUUGCAGGGGACGAUGGGACGCGCCUUUCCGUUCGGUGUCCGUCCUCCUUUCGUUGUUUUUCGUUUCCUCCCGUUUUCCUCUCGAGUCUCAGUCUUUUCCUCCCUCUCUCAACUGCCAUUAAUGCACUUCUUCUCAUAUUUGGCACUUUAUUUUCAGGCCUUACUUCACAAAAACUCAAGGUUUUCUAACUUGGUUUUACUUCUAGGCGAUUUGUAAAAGAUGAUUUGGGCAAAACCUUCAGACCUCGUGUUCCGACCGAAGGAGUCGAUAUAGAAUAGUGUGCAAAUUCAGCCGUUGACUGGACCUUUCGGCCUCCGAGAAAAAAAAAGAAAUUACAAAGGGAAGCUGCAGCAUUUCCGGCCAGUAAAUUUCUCGUUUUGGCUAGGAAACAAACCAGAACGAAAAAAAAUAUAAUUAUUAUUAUAUAUCUAGGCAGUUUCUGUAUAUAGAAAGGAAGCAGAACGGGGAAUGAGGAAUAUAUUAAUUGCUAAAUAUUUUAUUUGCAAAGGGUCAAGAACUCGGCGAGAGAAAUUUGCGUUCUUUGUAUAGUUUUGUCUGAAUGAGCCAGAAGAGUGUGGAUGUUUGUACAUAUUGUAUAUAUAGUCAAAAAACAGGAAAAAAAACAAACAAAACAGAUGUGCAUGACUUCAAGGACAACAAAACAAAAAAAAGAAAACGACAAAGCAAAGCAUUAGUGGCUUACGGUCUGUAAAAUGAAACAAAAACUUUAUUUCACUAUGAGAAACUUUAUUUUAAAUGUUCUUUAGAAGAACAUUUUGCUAAAGCAUGACUAAACUGCAGAAGCAAAAGAGCUAAUGUAUUUAGACUUAGGAAAAAAAGGCAAAGUAACAUUACUUUAAAACACAAAAAAAGAGAGAUGUUUACAUUUGGUUUUUUGGCUACCAGGAGUUUUUGUUUCAAUGUGUUGUCGAAGGCUUUCGUGGCCGGAAUCACUGAGUUGCGGUGAGUUUUCCGGGAUGUCUGGCCAUGUUCCAGAAGCAUUCUCUCCUGACAUUUCGCCCACAUCUACGGCAGGCAUCCUCAGAGGUUGUGAGGCCUGUUGGAAACUAGGCAAGUGGGGUUUAUAUAUUUCCAGUGUGGGAGAAAGAACUUUUGUCAGUUAGAGGCAAGUGUUAAUGUUGCCACUGGCCACCUUGAUUCGUGUUGAAUAGCCUGGCAGCUUUAAAGCCUGCCUGCUUCCUGCCUGGGGGAUCCUUUGAUGGGAGGUGUUAGCUGGCCCCGAUUGUUUCCUGCCUGGAAUUCCCCUGUUUUCAGAGUAUUGUUUUUUUAUUUACUGUCCUGAUUUUAAGAGUUUUUAAAAUACUGGUAUCCAGAUGUGGUUCAUGGCCAGUUAACACUUCCCAUCAAAGGAUUCCCCCAGGCAGGAAGCAGCCAGGCUUUGAAUCUGCAAGGCCAUUUAAUGCUAAUCAAGGUGGCCAACGGCAACAGACAAGAGUUCUUUCGCCCACCCUGGGCAUUCUUCCACAGGAAUAUAAACCCCAUUUGUUUAGUUUUCAACAGAUCUGACAACUUCUGAGCAUGCCUGCCAUAGAUGUUGGCAAAACAUCAGGAGGGAAUGCUUCUGGAACACAGCCAGACAGCCCGGAACACCCACAGCAACCCAGUUUUGGUUUCCAUUCCUUUCGACCGUCGGGUUUUGUUAAUUUCCUCCUUUUUUUGCCAAUGGUGCCAAGUAAAGUGAAUGCUAAUAUUGCUUAAGAAGAAAAAAAAUAUUAUUAUUAUUAAGUUAUUUUGCAAAGCAGAUAAUCAUACGAAAUACGAAAAAAAAUUGUAUCUAGCUUAAACACCAUACACUCACUCCGAUAAGGAACACGUAGAAUGAAACAUUAAAAGAAGAAAAUAGUAUGAAAGUAGAGAGAAAACAAAAAAAAAUAAAAAUAAAUACGUCUCACAUGUCCAUAUUUCCUGCUGGAAGUCAGACAAUGUACUUUGAAAUUGCACAAGAAAAAAAAAGUUGAAAAGUGAUGAUAAUGAUGAUAAUAAUUCAAAGAUGCAAGCAAGGUUUUGUAGGGGUGUCAUGGUAUAUUGCUAUUUCCACAUAGAGAGGAGCCAAAGAAAUCUGUUUUGAAUUCGUCCUUUUUGAUAAAGAGAAACGGAGGUCCACGCGUGGCCGGAGGGGGGGGGGGGGCAAAGGCGGGGGUCUCGCACCCCUAACCCACCCCUCUCUGGCCCCGUGGACCGCCUUUCUUGCUUUAGUGCCAGUUUCAAUGUUCGGGUCCUAGGCCACUUGGGUGGACGGAAUAGGCAUUUGCUCUUGCUGAUCCCAGAAGACGACGACGACGAUGGUGACGACGACGACGAUGGUGAUAAUGUUUAGUCUUGCUCUCGAGAGGCUUAUUGUGAAGCCUAAAAAUACUCACAAUUCUGUGAAGUUUUUUUUAUGUUAUGUUAUGUUAUGUUGUUUUAACAAACAAAAAAAAUAAGAGGUGUCUUUAAAAAAAAUAGAAAGCAUUGAAAACACACAAAAGAUUGUGGCAAAACACGGAAAAAAAAAAUCAUCCAGAAGCCAACCUGGGGUCAGUGCUCUUGGUGCCUUUUCUAGCGUUAUUAAUUGUGUGUGCGUCUUUCUCUCUCUCUUUUUAAUUGAUUCUGUUCACUGCCAGGACUGAAAAAAAAGAAUAAAUCCAUGUAAUGCGGGGAGGGGGUGGCCGGUGGGGGACGAAGCUUGCUCUCCGAAUCCUUUGAAUCCUGUCAAUCCCUUCCCUUCCCUUGGCCUUCCUCCAAGACAGGGCUGUCAAACUCAUUCCCACAUCGGCCUCCUUAUAAUUGUUGAAAACUAUAAGGAGGCCAAUGUAGUAAACUAUAAGUGUUUACUGAUUUCUAUCCCCAGGUGUUAUUGAACGACAGCUCCCAUCCCAUUCAAUUAUCCGGAGAUGACGGGAAUGUCGAGUAAGAGGUUUUAUCCUUGGUGGUGCAAUGGGUUAAACUCUUGUGCCGGCAGGACUCGGGGAGAGCAUGGUGAGCUCCCUCUGUCAGCUCCAGCUCCUUGUGCGGAGAUGUGAGAGAAGCCUCCCACAAGGACAGUAAAACAUCAAAACAUUCAGGCCAAUUCUCUUGCAGUUUCUCAAGUCACGAAAAAAAACCCGGCAUUUUAUGGUGUCGUAAAAUACCUCCCCGCUAAAUUAGCGGUACCUAAUUUCUCAGCUGUUUUCAAAACUCCCCUCGGGGACAAGGGCGGGGUAAAAAUAUUGGAAAUACAGUAGAGUCUCACUUAUCCAAGUUAAACGGGCCGGCAGAAGCUUGGAUAAGCGAUUAUCUUGGAUAAUAAGGAGGGGUUAAGGAGAAGCCUAUUAACCAUCCAAUUAGGUUAUGAUUUUACAAAUUAAGCACCAAAACAUCAUGUUCUACAACAAAUUUGACAGAAAAAGUAGUUCAAUGCGCAGUUAUGUUAUGUUGUAAUUACUGUAUUUACGAAUUGAGCACCAAGAUAUCACGAUAUAUUGAAAACAUUGACUACAAAAAUGGCUUGGAUAAUCCAGAAGCUUGGAUAAGCGAGUCUUGGAUAAGUGAGACUCUACUGUAUUUGCGAAUUUAACACCAAACAUUGAACUGGGAUAUAGGGCAGUGUGGACUCAGAUAAUCCAAUUCAAAGCAGACAUUGUGAAUUAUUCUGCUUUGAUAUUCCGGGUUAUAUGGCUGUGUGGAAGAGCCCUGGGGGUCCUUCCACACAGCCAUAUAACCCAGAAUAUCAAGGCACAUAAUCCACAAUUAAUAAUAAUAAUAAUAAUAAUAAUUUUAUUUUUAUACCCCACCCCAUCUUGGAUAAUCGAGUCUUGGAUAAGUGAGAUUCUACUGUACCUAAUUUCUCUACAUACAGCUCAGCUGUUUUCAAACUGUUUUGGUAAAUAGUGAGCAGGACUUGACAGUCGGGUGCUCACCCCAACCAGGCUUCGAACUAGAUCAAUAGGUACUGCUUGAGUGGGAAUCAAAAAUCGUCCCGCAAUCCCUGCAUCUCAACCUUGACUCCCGUCAGCUCUGUGUCGCAUCAAAUGACACGGCGGGAUGGAUUCGGUCCGUGGGCUGUGAGUUUGACACGUGUGCCCUUAGCGCCCAGGCCAAGUGGAGAGAAUGUUUCCUUCCUCCCUUCCUUCGCUUGCUUUGUUGCUCCUUUCUCGCCAAAGGAAUCUGCGAGCGGCUUUGGCCUUCCUACCUGGGACUAACCUUUUGCUUUCCCGCCCCAAAAAAGAGUAGUGACCCCCAAUGGCCCCGUUUUUCCCCGUUGUUUGGAGUCGGAGUGCUGCGCGCUCUCUCGCUCUGCAAUCCCCGCAAAAAAUACAGAGCAGUUGUCCCGCCAUUUUGCUCCUUUCGGACCCUGGGUCCAAAGGCAGCGUCCCCUCCUUCCUUUGCCCUUUUUUUCCGUCUGUCCGUCCGUUCGGCAGGAAGACCCCUAUGUGCUUAUCCCCUGCCAAAAAGGAGGCCCUGAAAUUUCCCCCCCAAAAAAACCAGUAUCCGAUUCUCCCCGCGUCCCCUUCUCUGACGGCAGGCCUUGGUCAGGAAGGGCACUUAAUCCUAUCCUUCCCGUGUCUCCCCGAAAUCAGACUUGCUCCUCCUUUGUGUGACGCCAUCCUCAUGAUCCCGUGUGUCGAAAACGAAUGGCCCCCGCGUGUGAGAGAAAAAAAAAAAAAUACCGGACAUGACAUGAAACAAACAAAAAAAAAAACCACCCCCGCCCGCCCCUCGACGGCUGCACGCUUCAUGGCAGUUUCCACACCGUAGUCCGCGCCCAAACCGACCGACGGAGGGGGGGAAAUGGGGGGUCCCCCCCGCCCGAGACUUGCAUGUUGAACCUAGUUAUAGAUGUUCUCCUUUUGUAAGUUUUAUUUUUGUAACCGUGCAUGUUUAAAAGCAUCACUGGAUCAAUGGAUCUGUCGAAGAACUCAGCUGCUGGAAACCAUGCAAAAAUGUUUUGAAUUGCCCUUAAAAAAAUAUGGAAAAUGUUUUCUGAAUGCUUUAUAUUCUUUCUGCUGUAAAUUAAAAAAGAAGAAAAUUUCCCCA